CGCGCCUCGACGAAGCCUCUGCGCGUUUAUUUGGCGAAGCUGUUUCAGCCACAGAGCUGCAGAUUAGCUCCCGUUACUGCGACCUACAGCCAGCGCGAGCAGGGACCUACUUUCGCCCAUGAUAACUUUACCUUGACUUUACUUUCACAUUCUUUCAUUCUUUUGUUAUUUUAUAUUUAAUUUUAAGGAUUUUGUUUUAAUUUCGAACUACAUUUUCUUAUUUAAUUCCACUGACCAUUGAUUUUUUUCUGUUGUGAGGAGUUCGGUCGGCUUCUACCAACCAUAAGAUUUGAACGGAAUACCUCGCCAGGUUUUUUUUUUCCUGCCUGUCUUGCGGCGAAGGCUCGCGCGUUUGGAAUUGCUGGUCCUACCUGCUGCUCGAGCUUCAGUCUGAGUGUUUGUCCUUCCCAUACGGAAACAAUUUGGGAUUAUUCUCCAUGUGUGUGUGCGCGGAGAAACGGACAGCGGCGGAGAAGGCGACGGGGCUCGCCCGCUUGUGAGGAAUGCCCGUGCCCCUGCUUCCGUCGACUCGCUGCUAAAGGAAGAGAGUCCGCGCAGCCUCGCGCUCUACUUACCGAAUGAGAAACUACCGUGCGCGUCAGCCUCAUCCGCCUCUCGCUGUGCUUUCGAGAGGUGAUUUCGGAUCUGCGUGCAGGCGCCUCGCGGCAACUGUCGGCGGGAUUUUCUCACCUACCACACCGGGACAUUCCGCAGAGUGCAGUUUGGUGCCCGGCCUUACCGGGACUGCUCGCGGAGUGUUGCCGUGAGCCCGUGGAUGCGCUUCUUGUGAGCUGGCUUUUGUUGCCGUGGCCCCUCUCCGGCUGCGGGCUCGUCUCCUCCGGCGACGGAAUUGGGAUUCGGAGUUUGGAUUGCCUCAGUUUCGGGGCGUUUGUGGCAGGGGUGAUCUCGUGGCCCAUUCGGAGCACGUUUGGAGAAAGAAGGAGAAGAGCGAGCCCCCAGUGAGGCGGCUGUCGGUGGAAUCAUAAUCAUGGGGGAAUCUUGGUGGAUGUGUUACUUUGGAGUUUUGUUUAUCGCGUUUAAGGUGAAUCUGUCCCGCGCGAUCGUUUUGGACUCGAUAUACUGGAACACAACAAAUACGAAGUUCGUCCCAGGGCAGGGGCUGGUCCUGUACCCCCAGAUUGGGGAUAAGAUGGACAUUGUGUGUCCGCGUGUGGACGGCGGAGUGGGCGAGGGCAUCGAGUACUACAAGAUCUACCUGGUGACGCGCGAGCAGCUGGACCGCUGCUACAUCACCAAGACGGACACGCCGCUGCUCAACUGCGUCAAGCCCGACCAGGACGUCAAGUUCACGCUCAAGUUCCAGGAGUUCAGCCCCAACCUGUGGGGCCUGGAGUUCUUCAGGGGCAAGGACUACUACAUCAUCUCUACCUCCAAUGGAACGAUGGAGGGCAUCAACAACCAGGAGGGCGGAGUCUGUAAAACCAAGUUCAUGAAGAUCAUCAUGAAAGUGGGACAGAGUCCAUUAGAUCCCCCAGAUACAGCCCCACCCAAAGAGCCCACGUACCCCAAACCUCCAGAGUCAGGGGGCAAGGACACCAAAUCCAACGAGGUCAUCGACAAACCAGCCUAUCACGACGGCGAUACGACGGUGGGCGGUGGUGUCGGCGGCGGGGGCAAGUCGUCCAGUGUGAUUGGCUCGGAGGUGGCGCUGUUUGCCGGGAUCGCGUCGGGCAGCGUGAUCUUCAUCAUCGUCAUCGUCAUGCUGGUGCUGCUGCUGCUGAAGUACCGGCGACGCCACCGCAAGCACUCGCCUCAGCACGCCGCUGCCCACGCGCUGUCACUCAGCUCUCUGGCCACGCCCAAGCGCUCCGCCCACGGGCCCGGCGUUGCCGGCGGCAACAACAACGGCUCCGAGCCCAGCGACAUCAUCAUCCCGCUGCGCACGGCCGACAGCGUCUUCUGCCCGCACUACGAGAAGGUCAGCGGCGACUACGGUCACCCCGUCUACAUCGUGCAGGAGAUGCCACCACAGAGUCCUGCCAACAUCUACUACAAGGUCUGAGGGACCUCCACACACACUCGGAUACACACACACACACACACCGAUGUGCGCGCGUGCCACCUCUCUCUCCUGGACAGACGAUACCACCCCCCCCCCCCCCCCCCCCCCCCACACACACACACACUGCCUUCUUACACACACUCACCUCAAUCCUGCCCCACACACACACGCACACACACACACAUGUGUGUGUGGGCGCGAGGGGGAGUGGGCAGGAGGACUUGGAUUUGAAUUGUGAACCUUUUCCCUUCGACCACACACACACACACACACACACACACACACAGACACGCCCUGUGUGUGUUAGUGAAAUACCUCUCCUCGGGACACAGACACACACACACACCCUCACCUGCUCUCCUUGACCCGUGUUCCUUACGUGCACUUUUGAGGGUCUUGAGUGUGUGUGUGUGUGUGUGUGUGUGUGUGUGUGUGUGUGUGUGUGUGAGAGAGAGAGGGAGAGAGAGAGAGAGGGAGAGCCAGCUGUAGAAAUGGAAGCUUGGUCCCUCCCCCUCCCCUGCCAAAGGAGAGAUGAGAACAGAGCCUCAGCUGAUUGGACAGAGACACAGGAAGUGGACUCAGCUGAUUGGACAGACACAGGAAGUGGACUCAGCUGAUUGGACAGAGACACAGGAAGUGGACUCAGCUGAUUGGACGUUGAAAGAGUUGAGGACACAGGAAGAGGAUUUCCUGUCCAUUGCAAAGGAUUAUGGGAACUAUGUGGUGGACUGAUUGAACAUGGCCCCAUAGUCACCGCACGCCGUGCACUCUGGGUAAUUUCACCUCACCAACCAUCAUUCCAUGCCUCUGUUUACGUUUUGUGGGACUUCCUGUUUCGACAGCCGUGACUUGAAGACAAUGUUUUGAUUUUCCUAUGUUGUCAUAGUAACUCACCUCUCAUUCAGUCAUCCCCGUGUUUGUCGAUAGGUUGUCAUAGAAACCACUUUGAACUGUUGUUUUUUUUUUGCUCCAUGUGCACUAAGGUGGAUGCACACACACACUCUCACACACACACACACACACACACACACACACACACGCACACACACACACACACACACACCCACUCACACACACACACAAAGCCAGGAUGGAGGAGUGAGAGGAGUAAUGGAAACUGGCGAGUUAUCAGCGACGUUCUGAGUCACUGCUGCCCUGUUGCACCCUGGGAAUGUGGAGGACCCACACAAACUCUUCAGCAGCACUUUUACUAAACGGCCUCCACACACACACACACACACACACACACACCCACACCCUGCUAAACGCAGCUCUGUUGGUCGAACAGGUGAAGACAGGGCUGAACAGGUGAUCUCUGAUCCACCUUAAAGCACACACACACAUACACACACACACUCAUAAUGUCUUUUAUUCUAUUUUAUUUUAUUGGUUUGUAAUUAUUAUUAUUUGAUAUAAAAACACAUUUGUCUACA